CGACUUCACGGGGUUUAGAUUUGUCAAUUUUUGUAUCUCAAAAUAGGCAACAAUAAAUUUUUUAUUUUCGCCACCUAAAGUAAAUUUAAAGUUCCACGUUGUUGUUAAAACUUGUAAAUAUAGUGUAAAUUUUUGUUAUGAUAUAGGAAUCCGAGAGUGCGAACGUUUUGCUUGUGGAGUGCUGAGGAGAUGUCGAAUAAAAAUUCCGUCAAUAACACAGCGGGGCUCAAACAGAUCGACCUGGAUCAGAUUUGGGGGGAUUUGCACGCGGGGAUCGAGCAUGCAUACAGCCAGCAGCACAUGCCCAAGUACCUCUACAUCCAGCUGUACACCCAUGUUUAUGACUACUGCACCUCGGUGCACCAGCAGGCCAAUGGCAGGGGCUCCUCCAGCAUCUCCACCAAGAACAAGAAGAGCCAGGUUGGGGGCGGCGCCCAGCUCGUGGGCCUCGAGCUCUACAAGAGGAUCAGGGAGUUCCUGAGGAACUAUCUGGUGACUCUGCUGAGUGACGGGAUGAAUCGGAUGGGUGAAGGCGUUUUGAAAUUUUAUACGCGUCAAUGGGAGGAGUAUCAGUUCAGUAGCAAGGUUCUGAAUGGUAUUUGCUCGUAUUUGAAUCGACAUUGGGUGAAGAGAGAAUGCGAAGAGGGAAGGAAAGGAAUCUACGAAAUUUAUCAGCUCGCACUGGUGACAUGGCGAGAUCAUCUGUUCAAACAAUUAAACAAACAGGUAACAACUGCCGUUCUGAAACUGAUCGAACGCGAGCGCAACGGCGAAACAAUCAACACUCGUUUAGUCUCUGGCGUGAUAAACUGUUACGUGGAAUUGGGCCUAAACGAGGAGGAACCAGGGGCCAAAGGACCGAACCUAUCGGUGUACAAAGAGAGUUUCGAAAACAUGUUUCUGGAAGACACUGAACGCUUCUACCUAAAAGAGAGUAACAACUUCCUAGCACAAAAUCCGGUCACUGAAUACAUGAAAAAGGCCGAACAACGUCUCCUCGAAGAACAGAAACGCGUCCAAGUCUAUCUACACGAAACAACAAGCGGCCGUUUAGCCAAAACCUGCGAAAGAGUCCUCAUUAAAAAGCACCUCGACAUGUUCCAUUCGGAGUUCCAGCAGUUGUUGGACGCCGACAAAGACGAGGAUUUGGGUCGGAUGUACUCGUUGGUAGCGCGGAUUCCGGACGGUUUAGGGGAAUUACGGACGCUUCUCGAGCAACAUAUCGCAGCUCAGGGGCUCUCAGCGAUUGAAAAAUGCGGAGAAAGCGCCCAUAAUGACCCGAAAAUUUACGUCAACACGAUUCUGGAGGUGCACAAGAAGUACAACGCUCUUGUUUUGGUGGCGUUCAACAACGAUAGCGGUUUUGUGGCGGCUUUGGACAAGGCAUGUGGUCGUUUCAUCAACGCCAAUGCCGUUACCAAAAAAGCCAAUUCGAGCAGCAAAUCGCCGGAAUUGCUCGCGAAAUACUGUGAUUUGCUGCUGAAGAAGUCGAGCAAGAAUCCGGAGGAGGCGGAGCUCGAAGAUACGUUAAACCAAGUCAUGGUUGUGUUCAAAUAUAUCGAAGAUAAGGACGUUUUUCAAAAGUUCUACAGUAAAAUGCUGGCCAAGCGAUUGGUCCAGCACAUGUCGGCGAGUGACGAUGCUGAAGCUUCAAUGAUCUCAAAACUGAAACAGGCAUGCGGGUUUGAGUACACCUCCAAGUUGCAAAGGAUGUUCCAGGACAUUGGCGUGUCUAAAGAUCUGAACGAGCAAUUCAAAAGUCAUCUAUUAAAAUCAAACGAAACCCUAGACAUAGAUUUUAGUAUUCAAGUGUUAUCUUCCGGAUCAUGGCCUUUCCAGCAAUCUUUCACCUUCGGAUUGCCGACCGAGCUUGAAAGAAGUGUUCAUAGAUUUACAAAUUUCUAUUCCGGUCAGCAUUCGGGCCGGAAAUUAAAUUGGCUGUAUAACAUGUCGAAAGGAGAGUUACACACGAACUGUUUUAAAAAUAGAUACACACUCCAAGCUAGUACGUUUCAAAUGGCUGUGCUGCUCCAGUUCAACGUGUCUGAAAGUUGGACAAUAGCUCAACUCGAGGAGAAUACACAAAUCAAAACAGAUUUCCUAAUACAGGUCAUACAGAUAUUACUUAAAGCGAAGCUGAUCACUUGCGAUGAUGACGAGAACGAGCUCGCGCCACACUCGGUUGUGAACCUUUUCCUAGGAUAUAAAAAUAAAAAACUUCGGGUCAAUAUCAAUAUUCCGAUGAAGACCGAGCUAAAGAUGGAGCAAGAAACAACUCACAAGCAUAUUGAAGAGGACAGGAAGUUGCUGAUUCAAGCCGCGAUUGUACGAAUCAUGAAAAUGAGGAAAAUACUGAAACAUCAACAGUUGGUGGCUGAAGUUUUGAACCAGUUGUCGUCAAGGUUCAAGCCGAGGGUUCACAUCAUCAAGAAAUGCAUAGAUAUUCUGAUCGAGAAGGAGUAUCUGGAGAGGACUGAGGGUCAGAAGGACACCUACAGCUACUUGGCAUGAUUCAGCAAACGCAACUGUCACCCAACUGUCUUUGAUUAACAACCGGCGGAGUCAACGAGUGGCUUGUAUAUUGUAAAUAUUCGAAAAAUAAAUUGUACUUUAAGUGAUAUGCUAUACUAAAAAAUACACAACUGUAUUUAUGUUUUGAUUGAAUUGUCCUAGAACUGUCAAUCUGAGUUCUGGCGCUCUCUUGAUAUUCCUUUGAAUUUUUGUUUUAAUUCUGCUUUUACUUUAUUAAUUGUAUAGAAUCUGUUUAUUUGUAUUACUAUGUGAAAAGAAUACGAAUGUAAUUUAAUUCACCGAUUUUAAAUAAAUUGUUUUGACAAA